AAUGAUAAUCAAUUCUUCUUUUUUGUAAUCAAGAUAAUUUGGACUUCAUCAGAUCUCGUAAUCUUUGCGAGACUAAAACAUGUUAGAUUAGUUUUUUCUUUUCCAUGGUGUGAAACAUAGUAUAAGCUUUAAGUUAAUCUAGAUAGGUUAAUUGGUUAAAUGUCUCAUUUCAAUAAAACAAAAAAAAAAUGGCUAACCGGGAACGUACCGGCUUUAAUAGAAGCGUCGGCCUGAGCAACGUUACGUGCCAUAGAAGCAAGCAAAGCAAUUCCAUGUUCGGCAGCAGCCACCGUAUUAGCCGUUGGAGCAUUAACCACCAAACACCCGUGCUCCGUCGCCGCCUGCAGAUCAACAUUGUCAAUCCCAACUCCGGCUCUUCCGACCACUUUCAACCUCCCCUUCGCCGCCUCAAACACUUCCCUCGUCACUUUAGUUCCGCUUCUCACGAUCAGAGCGUCACUCUCCGCCACUUUCUUCUUCAGAUCUUCCGGCGAAAGAUCGUAAGAGCAGUCAACGUCGCCGAAUUCCCUGAGGAGAUUCACGCCGGCUUCUCCCAGUUUCUCGGUGACGAGGAUCCUCGGCUUUGGAAGAGUUGGAUUGUAUUCAUCAGAGUCAGAUCCGACGGUUGAGAAUCUGUUAUCCUCUGUUAACGUCGUUUGCUCGACGGUUUUUAAGGCGGCGCUUAUGGCCGUUAGUUUGACGCUUGUUGCGUAACGGCGGUGAAGGAAAGCAGGGAGGACGGCGAAUCUAGAAGACGGUGACGGAGACGGAGACGUCCACCGUGAGUUGACGGCUUUGACGGACGAACACGAAGAUGAAAAUGCCAUGACUCUUUUUUUUAAUAAUAAAUAUGAUUGGUUGUUGUGAGUGUGUGCAGAAGAGCUAAAGUGGUUAAUAUAGAGCUUACAGGAGGUAAUGGAUGAGUUUUAAUUUAAUCUUUCACAUUGUGGGCUACCAACAUUAUGUAUUAAGUUGAACAGUUUGUUUGGUAAAAGAGUAAAUAAAAUGAGAAGCACAUGCACA